CUCCUGGCGACCCCGGCCUCCAUCGGCUCCAAGUCCAGCCUCACCGAGGCCCUCGCCCUCCUCCCGCCCAUCCCCCUCUACCGCCGCAUCCUCCGCGUGCACCGCAAGAAGCUCGACCCCCAGAUGCGCCUGCUGGGCGACUCGUACGUCCAGAGCGAGUUCCGCGCGCAUCGCAACGUGGAGAACCCGUUGCAUAUCAUCGGCUUCCUCACGGAGUGGCAAUUAUACGCGCAGAAGCUGGAGGGCGAUGCCUGGAUCGGGGAGAAGCUCGAUAAGGGCAAGUUGGAUAAGAUGAUAGACCAGCAGAUUGGCCAGUUGUACGAGUUGAUGCAGGCCAUCAAGAAUGAGGAGGGCGAGGGCGAG